UCCUGCGUCAAGUGCAUGGAGUCCUACUGCGGCAUCCACGUGAAGGAAGGCAGCGUGACCCGGCUGGCGUGCCCGGGCCCGUCGUGCCGCGCCCCGCUGCCGCCGCCCGUGCUGCGGCGCCUCCUCGCCGACGAGGGCUACGCGCGGUGGGAGUCGCUGGCGCUGCGGAGGACGCUGGACACGAUGCCCGACGUGGCCUACUGCCCCCGGUGCAACGCCGCCUGCGUCGCGGCCGGCGACGACGCGCAGUGCCCCGCGUGCUUCUUCACCUUCUGCGCGCAGUGCGGGGAGCGGCGCCACGUCGGGGACGCCUGCGUCCCCGCCGAGGACAAGCUCGACGACCUGCUGGAGCGGCAGAAGCUGAAAGCGUCGGCGAGGGAGGAGCAGCGGUCGGAGGCGCAGCGGCUGCGGGAGCAGCGGAAGGUGGAGGAGCUACUGAGCCUGCGGGAGGUGCUCCGCAGCACGAGGCAGUGCCCGGCGUGCCGGAUGGCCAUCGCCAAGACGGAGGGCUGCAACAAGAUGGUGUGCGACAACUGCGGCACCUUCUUCUGCUACCGCUGCAGCCGCGCCAUCAGCGGCUACAAGCACUUCGUGUGAGCAAGCAAACCCCAACGCCUCCGAUCCGCUCGCCAUCACCCAUCAGGCGUGCAGCUUACAGUUUUCGGCUGCCAUUUUUGGCGUCCUCGCAGCAACGGGGAGUGCGGGCUGUUCGAGCGCGUCGGCAGGGGGAGGCUCCCGGGGCAGCAGGCGCG